GUGAUGAUGUCUUCCAAGCCACGCCCCCUGCAGAGCCUAUAGAAGGAGGUGUUUUGGUGGCGGUCCUCUCCACAGCAAGAACGUUCAGGCUGCAGACACAGACACACGUGAAGUUCUUGCUCCUCUUCUUCAUCAUCAUCAACAUCAUCAUCGUCAACGUCGUCCCGUAGCUCUGAGUGGUCAUGGCGAGCAUCGUCCUCCUCCUCCGAGUCAUCCUGCUGCUCGCAGGGACGAGUCUCUUCAACUCUGCACAAAGAAUUGGAGUGCGGCGUCAGAACAUGAAGGUCCGGAUUAACGCCACCGGCGACACCAUUGUGAUGAAAUUUGUGCGUCCAAGUCCAGACGUGAAGCUGGAGGGUUAUAUUCUGGGUUAUGGCAGCAGCAUGUUCUCCAAACAGUUCAUCCAGUUGCCAGAGAAUGGACAACCCUACGAGACAGAGAUGGAUGCAGAGCCUAAGUACCUGGUGGCUGUCCAGCCGAUCCCCGCCAACGACGUGAAGAAACACUGCACAGGGAAGGUGAACCUGGAAAAGCCGCUGCACCUGGUGAUCGGCUCCGUCAGCCCGACGGCGGUGCUGCUGUCGUGGGGGAACUACCUGAAGACGCCGUACGAAAGGAACAUCAUGAACGAGUGUCUGGAGGAUGGGUUCUACACCAUCCGCUACAGAGAGAGGAACAGGAAGUGGAUCUAUCAGACCUGCCCAAGCAGUGACACAGUGAUCGACAACCUGAAGCCCAACACACCGUACGAGUUUGGUGUCCGGUCCAACAAAGACGACCGCAGCGGGAUGUGGAGCAAACCGAUGAUCCAUAACACCAACAUGGGCAAUAAAAACACACAGAAGCCUUUCAAGCUACGUAAUCCUCUGGCGAAGCCGCUGAAACCUCUGGGUCCUCAUGCUCUCUUCCCUCCUCGACCCGCUCUUCACAACAGGACUCGACUCUCUCCGCUGCUCAAACAUUCUGCUUUCCCCGGAGCGCCUCGCACUUCUUUUGCGCCGCUGGAGAGCCAACAGGAACCUUUCCCUCCCAAACUCGAUGAUCAGACUCCCAUGAUCAUGGUACCUCUGUCCUCUCUCACUCCAGACACAGAAAACACUGUCCAACCAGCGGAUCCACUUCCUGUCUUCCCACAACUCCCAUCCACCAAAGCCCCUCUUGCCAACACAGCAGCCUCCCCCCGCCUUAACUUACCAUCCAAUGGCGACUCACUUCAAGGGCAGACUACUAAGAUGCCCACUCAUGCCCCUGAGAAGUCUCGUAUUCCUGCUGCUUUCGACAAAUCACAGGAUGGACUGUCUCGUCUGGCCAAUGAGAGAGCCAAAACUAACAGCUGGGGUCAAAGCAGCAAAAGAAAUCCACGACUGCCUUUGCAGCCCAACAACCCGUCAGCCAACACGGUUGCCAGAUCCUCAAGGCCUGCAUCAAGAACCCCCCUCUUUCCCUUCUCUAACAGCCUCAGACUGCCACACUCCUCUUCCUCUAGACCUAGUAGCUCGUCCCCAACCUCGGGGAUACUCGGGGUAAACGGACAGCCACGCCGGGGCUUUUCUCCUCCUAAACCAGCCUUAUGGUCCAGACCUCGACUGGGAUCACCUGCACGCCCGUCCAUACCGAUUAACAAGAAGCCGAACCUGGUGGGGAAACCUGGAGAAACAGACAAGGUGAACAACUUAAAGCAGACCGACAAGCUGCCGAUCCUGAAACCCAAAGUCCAGCCUGCAACCGCCAAGCCCACCAAAUUGGACCGGAAGCACACCACAACUGGAGCGCCGACAACAACCGCGAGCCGACAGGAAACUUGGGAGGACUCGGAGCUCUUUAAAUCUCAGCCGGCCUCUGACGUCGACGCCUUGGGCAAGAAACGUUACGUGGCGCCUCACGUCAUCUACCAAACGGGCAAGAAACCGGACGAACCCUGUUCCAUCACCUCCUCCCUCAGCUACUUCCCCGGAGACGAACCUGGCGAGGCAAACGUCACCGCUCCACCCAGGUCUCCGCCCUCCAACCUCACUGUGGUAACGGUGGAGGGAUGUCCAUCUUUUGUCAUCCUGGACUGGGAGAAAACCGACAAUGACACUACGGAGUAUGAAGUCAUCUCCACCGCCAAAGGACCUGACGGCGAGCAGGUUUCCAUCAUGAUUACCAACCAGACUCACACCACUGUGGAAAACCUCAAACCUGAGAGCAGCUACGAGUUUAAGGUGAAGCCAAAGAACGAGCUGGGUGAAGGUCCUCCCAGUGAACCGGUGUCCUUCAACACAGAGUCUGCGGAUCCACGAGUGAGUGAGAACGUCUCAGGAAAAGACGCAAUCUGGACUCAGUUCCCCUUUAAGACGGACUCAUACUCAGACUGUCACGGUAAACAGUAUGUGAAGAGAACCUGGUACCGUAAGUUUGUCGGGGUCCAGCUGUGCAACUCUCUCAGGUACAAGAUUUACCUGAGCGACUCCCUCAACGGUAAAUUCCACAACAUCGGGGAUCAGACUGGCUUUGGUGAGGAUCACUGUCAGUUCGUCGAUUCGUUCCUGGAUGGAAGAACGGGCCGGCAGCUCAGUGCAGACCAGCUACAAUCCAGACCUGGUUUCUACAGAGCCGUGCGUCAGGAGCCUGUCCACUUUGGACAGAUAGGAGGACACUCCCACAUCAACUACGUGUCAUGGUAUGAGUGUGGGACGCCGAUUCCUGGGAAAUGGUGAACGGACUGAAUGGUCCUGGGAGAAGCACAGAAGAGGACCGGUGGCCCAGACUGGGAUGGACCUCCGGACCACCUUGACCCAGAGCUGUAAAAACAUGUACAGGACAUAAUCGUCAGGGAUUCUUUAACAAUAUAGCUCACAUGCCUCAUCUGUACUAUUUAUCAACAACAGGGUGGUAGAAGAAGAAGAAGAGGUUCGGUUCAGACUCACGCUAGAUUUAUUUUGUGUAAAGUAACGGGAAGCUGGCUCCCGCAAAUAAUAAUAACUUAUUUAUCAAAAGAUUUUUGAUUACAUCGCCUCACCAGGUCCAACAGGAAAUGGUCUUCUUCUUCUCUGGUGUCGAUUUUCACAACCGUCCUGCUUGAGAUUUCAGAACUGGCAGCUGACCAGUAGAACCAGUCCACUACUGGCGGAUACGAAGCCGACCAACACGAGUUCAGAAGAAAUGUUUGAUAUGCGCUAAACUUUUCUGCCUCUGACAUGACUUUUCUACAAAUUUAGCAUGAUUUCGUUCCUACAAGGCAACAGGUGCUCCGGGUACAACCCUGAUUCCACGAGCCUGGCCUCCUAGUCCCUGACUUGGCUCUGACUAUGUCUCCUAGUCCCUGACACUGUCUCCUUGUCUCUGAAUGAGUCUCCUAGUCUCUGAAUGUGUCUGUAUAUGAAAUGUGGGAGUGUCAGAAGAUUUUGUGUCAGUCCAUCUGAGAUGGCGGCGUAUUGGCACUGUAGGUAAAAAUAAAAUUAUAAAUACAGAGCCGGGGGGUAUUCUGAGGGAAAAAAAUGAAUUUCAAGAUUAUUCCCCACCUGCUGAGACUUCCUGAAUGCUGAAAUGUUUUUGAAGUGCCAUACGACACUUAUAGGAUUGGAGCUGUGUGCUAACGUGCUUUAUAAUUGGCUCAACGUGUCGUCUCUGUGUGUUGAGUUAUUUUCUUGUUGAUGGUUCCAUAAAAACAGUUUACACUUAAACUUUGAGCUGUACUAAUUCUUUAGACCUCGUUAUUAUAAAAUACGAGUGCUUUGUAAAGAACAUGAGAAUGUAUGUUAACAUGAUGUUUUUAUACAUAUUGAUUUUCAACAAUAAAGAUUUGAUUUUUGUUUUUUUAAAAGAAA